GGGGUUAAGCGCGACGCUCGGCCUAGGCACGAUCCCUAAUCACUAAAGCAGCCCCUUGGAUCUGCUGCCAGUCUCGCGCCAUGGAUCGCCACCUCCUCACUUGUCGCGCGACCCAGCUCCGGAGUGGCCUCCUGGUCCCCCUUCUUCUGCUAAUGAUAUUGGUAGACCUGGCUCUCCCGGCCCAACGUCACCCCCCGGUGGUUCUGGUGCCUGGUGAUCUAGGUAACCAGCUGGAAGCAAAGCUGGACAAGCCAAAGGUCGUGCACUACCUGUGCUCCAAGAAGACGGACAGCUACUUCACACUCUGGCUGAACCUUGAGCUGCUUCUGCCUGUCAUCAUUGACUGCUGGAUCGACAAUAUCAGGCUUGUUUAUAACAGAACAUCUCGGGCCACCCAGUUUCCUGAUGGUGUGGAUGUGCGUGUUCCUGGCUUCGGGGAAACAUUCUCCUUGGAGUUCUUAGACCCUAGCAAAAGGAAUGUGGGUUCCUAUUUCUUCACUAUGGUGGAGAGCUUUGUGGGCUGGGGCUAUACACGGGGCGGAGAUCUCCGAGGGGCUCCCUAUGAUUGGCGCCGAGCUCCAAAUGAAAACGGGCCCUACUUCUUGGCCCUCCGAGAGAUGAUCGAGGAGAUGUACCAGAUGUAUGGGGGCCCCGUGGUGCUGGUCGCCCACAGCAUGGGCAACAUGUACACGCUCUACUUCCUGCAGCGGCAGCCACAGGCCUGGAAGGACAAGUAUAUUCAUGCCUUCAUUUCACUGGGCGCACCCUGGGGGGGCGUGGCCAAGACCCUGCGCGUCCUGGCUUCAGGAGACAACAAUCGCAUCCCUGUUAUUGGGCCACUGAAGAUCCGGGAGCAGCAGCGAUCUGCUGUAUCCACCAGCUGGCUACUGCCAUACAACCACACAUGGUCACAUGAAAAGGUAUUUGUGCACACACCCACAAGUAACUACACACUCCGUGACUAUCGCCAGUUCUUCCAGGACAUCGGAUUUGAAGACGGCUGGUUGAUGCGGCAGGACACAGAAGGGCUAGUUGAGACCAUGACGCCACCAGGUGUGGAGCUGCACUGCCUCUAUGGGACUGGCGUCCCCACGCCAGACUCCUUCUACUACGAGAGCUUUCCUGACCGUGACCCAAAGAUCUGCUUUGGCGAUGGUGAUGGCACCGUCAACUUGGAGAAUGUCCUGCAGUGCCAGGCCUGGCAGAAGCGCCAAGAGCACAAAGUAUCAUUGCAGGAGCUGCCAGGAAGUGAACACAUCGAGAUGUUAGCCAAUGCCACUACCCUGGCUUAUCUGAAACGGGUGCUUUUCAAGCUUUGAUUCCUGUGCCAGGCAUGACUGCUGGAUGGCUGGACCAUGGAGCUUCUCUUGGCUCUGACCUACAAGCUUGGUAAAGUUUGUGACUAUUGUUCAAGUUUCUAGGUCUUAGGCUGUGAAGCAUCUGCCUCGGGGGAAUGCUGUUUCUCAUCCUUCCUAUGUAUAAUGGCAGUGACGAAGGAAGAGAUAAGUGUGGAUUCAAAGGACGUUUGAUAGAAAGAAUGCUGCUAUUGAUGGAGUUGCGACCUCAGACUGGCUCUGUAGGCUGCCUUGUUUGGCUCCUUACCCCAGUCCCCACCUCGGGCCAUGCAGUCCUCCUAGUUCUCUGGCCUUUCUACUCUUGCCCACUGGGCCCCAUCCUUCCUGUGAGCUGAGGUUCCACAGUGACCGUCAGGUGACCUUCCCACACACUGGCUAGGGCUGCUAGCGUCCCUGUGAGCUCGCUGGUGGACAUCCUGAGUGUGGCUUCCUGGCUGCAGCCCAGCACCCCUGCAGGCAGGGCAGUUCAUUGUAUUCCCCAUGGUUCCUCCAGGUCCUGGGCUGUUAAGACUCCACUCCUACCUCUCACCUUUUGCAGCAUCCUGGUCCUGGUUCUGGAUUGGGCAGCAGAGGACCCCUCAAUUCUGGGGGACAUGUCCUAGGAUUCCUGCUCUCCUUGGUUGUGAUGUGGGUCCCAGUACUGAAGCUGGCUUUCUAGGUCUGGGACUGUAGUUUAAAGAGAGAAGGGCCGCCGGGCGAUGGUGGUGCACACCUUUAAUCCCAGCACUCGGGAGGCAGAGGCAGGCGGAUC